AUGACUAUGUUCAACCACUGCGUCAACCAUGUCGCCAUCUCGGUGCCCAACCUCGAGGCCGCGAUCGAGUUCUACUCCAAGCUAUUUGGGUUUCGGUUCCUGCGGCCUUCGGGGUUGGCCAACAAGGAGGAGCAUCCCCAGGGCAUCACCUGGAAGAUCUACGGGAAAGAAUUAAAUUCCGUCAAAAUGGCCAUCAUGACCACCGGCAACAGUGUCGGAUUCGAGAUAUUUGAGUUCGUCGAUCCCCCUUACGACGGCAAGACGGCACCCUCGCAAUGGGGGCCGGGAAACUAUGCCAAAGGCGGGUGGUUCCAUGUCGCAUUCACAGUGCCGGACCCAGUGGCGACGUUGAGGGAGGCGGAGAAGAUGGGCGCCAAACUCGUCGGAGAAAUCUGCUCGCCUGCCCCGGGCGAGACGGUGAUUUAUAUGCAAGAUCCUUGGGACAAUGUGGUGGAGCUGUUGAGCUGUAGCUUUGAGCAUCUGAUCAUGAACGGCGUGGCGGCGUGA